AUGGCGUGGGACAUGUGCAACCAGGACUCUGUAUGGAGUGACAUCGAGUGUGCUGCUCUGGUUGGUGAAGACCAGCCUCUUUGCCCAGAUCUUCCUGAACUUGACCUUUCUGAACUAGACGUGAACGACUUGGAUACAGACAGCUUUCUGGGUGGACUCAAGUGGUGCAGUGACCAAUCAGAAAUAAUAUCUAAUCAGUACAACAACGAGCCUUCAAACAUAUUUGAGAAGAUAGAUGAAGAGAAUGAGGCAAACUUGCUAGCGGUCCUCACAGAGACACUGGACAGUCUCCCUGUGGAUGAAGACGGAUUGCCCUCAUUUGAUGCACUGACAGAUGGAGAUGUGACCACCGAGAAUGAGGCUAGUCCUUCCUCCAUGCCUGAUGGCACCCCUCCGCCUCAGGAGGCAGAAGAGCCGUCUCUACUUAAGAAGCUCUUACUGGCACCAGCCAACACUCAGCUAAGUUAUAAUGAAUGCAGUGGCCUCAGUACCCAGAACCAUGGAAACCAUAAUCACAGGAUCAGAACAAACCCUGCAGUUGUUAAGACCGAGAAUUCAUGGAGCAAUAAAGCGAAGAGCAUUUGUCAACAGCAAAAGCCACAAAGACGUCCGUGCUCGGAGCUUCUCAAGUAUCUGACCACAAAUGAUGACCCUCCUCACACCAAACCCACAGAGAACCGGAACAGCAGCAGAGACAAAUGCACCUCCAAAAAGAAGGCCCACACACAAUCGCAGACGCAACAUCUACAAGCCAAACCAACAACUUUAUCUCUUCCUCUGACCCCAGAGUCACCAAAUGACCCCAAGGGUUCCCCAUUUGAGAACAAGACUAUUGAACGAACCUUAAGUGUGGAACUCUCUGGAACUGCAGGCCUAACUCCACCCACAACUCCUCCUCAUAAAGCCAACCAAGAUAACCCUUUCAGGGCUUCUCCAAAGCUGAAGCCCUCUUGCAAGACUGUGGUACCUCCACCAUCCAAGAAGGCCCGGUACAGUGAGUCUUCUGGUACCCAAGGCAGUAAUUCCACCAAGAAGGGGCCCGAGCAGUCUGAGCUGUAUGCACAGCUCAGCAAGACCUCUGUGCUCACCAGUGGACACGAGGAAAGGAAGGCCAAACGGCCCAGUCUUCGCCUGUUUGGUGACCAUGACUAUUGUCAGUCAAUUAAUUCCAAAACGGAAAUACUCGUUGGUACAUCACAGGAGCUCCACGACUCCAGACAACUAGAAAACAAAGAUGCCCCCUCCUCCAACGGGCCGGGGCAGAUACACUCUUCCACAGAUUCCGACCCGUGCUACCUGAGAGAGACCGCGGCGGUGAGCAAGCAGGUCUCUCCCAGCAGCACCAGAAGACAGCUCCAAGACCAGGAAAUCCGAGCCGAGCUGAACAAGCACUUCGGCCAUCCCAGUCAAGCUGGUUUUGACGACAAAGCAGACAAGACCAGUGAGCUGAGGGACAGCGAUUUCAGUAAUGAACAAUUCUCCAAACUACCUAUGUUUAUAAAUUCAGGACUAGCCAUGGAUGGCCUGUUUGAUGACAGCGAAGAUGAAAGUGAUAAACUGAACUCCCCUUGGGAUGGCACGCAGUCCUAUUCAUUGUUCGAUGUGUCACCUUCUUGUUCUUCUUUUAACUCUCCGUGUAGAGAUUCCGUGUCACCACCCAAAUCUUUAUUUUCUCAAAGACCCCAAAGGAUGCGCUCUCGUUCAAGGUCCUUUUCUCGACACAGGUCGUGUUCUCGAUCACCAUAUUCCAGGUCAAGAUCGAGGUCCCCAGGCAGUAGAUCUUCCUCAAGAUCUUGCUAUUACUAUGAGUCAGGCCACUGCAGACGCCGCACACACCGAAAUUCGCCCCUGUGCACGAGAUCACGUUCAAGAUCGCCCCAUAGCCGGCGGCCCAGGUAUGACAGCUACGAGGAGUACCAGCAUGAAAGGCUCAAGAGGGAAGAGUACCGCAGAGAGUACGAGAAGCGAGAAUCUGAAAGGGCCAAGCAGAGGGAGCGGCAGAGACAGAAGGCAAUUGAAGAGCGCCGUGUGAUUUAUGUUGGUAAAAUCAGACCUGACACAACACGGACAGAACUGAGGGACCGUUUUGAAGUUUUUGGUGAAAUUGAGGAGUGCACAGUAAAUCUGCGGGAUGAUGGAGACAGCUAUGGUUUCAUUACCUACCGUUAUACCUGUGAUGCUUUUGCUGCUCUUGAAAAUGGAUACACUUUGCGCAGGUCGAAUGAAACUGACUUCGAGCUGUACUUUUGUGGACGCAAGCAAUUUUUCAAGUCUAACUAUGCAGACCUAGAUUCAAAUUCAGAUGACUUUGACCCUGCUUCCAUCAAGAGCAAGUAUGACUCUCUGGAUUUCGAUAGUUUACUGAAAGAAGCCCAGAGAAGCUUACGCAGGUAA